AUGUCUACUUUCAGCAUUGUCUUCCUCUGCCUCCAAGCUUGCUUGGUCCAGACCGCGUUCGGUUGGAUUGCUGAGGCACCAUGUGCAGCAGGUAACCCCAUGCCAUCAUGGGGGCUUGCCGGUCCCGCCGCAAUUGGACUUGCCCCUGGUAUGGCUCCCGCUCAAUUUGCUCCCGGUGCAUUCGCCCCUGCAUCUGCCCCAUUUGCCCCAGUCGGAUACGAAGCUGGUAUCGGUGCGUACGGUGGUGAAGGUAUUGGUGACGUAGCCGUAGCCGGAGAGAUGCCAGUAGCUGGUACCACUAUGGUAGCGGGACAGGUGCCCAUACUCGGUGCUGUACGCUUCGCGGGUGACCUUCCAGCUGGUGGUGUAGUCUCAAUCGCAGGAAGCUGCGGAUGUGGACGAUCUCCAUACAUGUACUAA